AUGGGAGACACAGAAGAGUACUUUCCACGAGGAGGAAAGAAACCAUCAGUUACAUAUUUUAAACAAAGCAGUAACUUUUUGGGCGCAGCGGAGAAAGGAGAGAGAAAGAAGCAAAAACCGAAGAAGAAAACAGAAGAUGAUGAUGGCUAUUUAUCGGAUGAAGUCUUGGCCGAUGAUGACCAGUCUUUUAAAAAUUGUGGCAUUUCUUUAAAUUAUAAGAUAGUUAAGGAAGGACAACUAUUAUUAGGUAGAGUGAGACAAAUUUUAGAAACAAAAAUACAUAUUUCACUACCAUGCCGACUGUUAGGUACGGUGAUGGCAUGCCACAUCAGUGAGCCGUACAACAAGAUGCUUGAAGCAUAUGUCAAUGAUCAGAUAGAUAAAGUUUGCGAGCUACAACAGAUGUUCCGUGUGGGACAGUACGUAGCAGUAAAGGUGCUGGAAGUCAACAGCAAUAACCUCAUGCUGUCAUUGAUGCCACAGCAUAUCAAUGCCGGACGGUCACACUCAGACUUGCAUAGAGGUGCUCUCCUACAAGCUGCCGUAUCCUCAGUUGAAGACCAUGGCUAUGUUAUGGACAUUGGUAUUUCUAACACAAGAGCUUUUUUGCCAAAGACCGCUGCUAACCCUGAAGUGGAAUUAGAAAAGGGAUCGCUGAGUUGGUGCUGCGUGAAGACUAUCACGGCGGAGUCGGACAGCAGCGUGGUGACGCUCAGUAGCGAGCUGGUCGCUUUACAGCAUGCGGUGCAGAGACGCGCCACAGACUCCCUCAUGCCAGCCACAGCGCUCGACUUCACCGUUGAUAAGUCUCUGGACAACGGCAUCGAAGGUCACGUGUUCGAAAACACCACAGCAUACGUACAACGGCAGCAAGUCGACAAGGUCAAAGGCAAGAAACCUAACCUUGGACAGAGGAUCCGUGCUCGAGUGCUGUAUGUGAUACCGACGAGGAACACGCCGUUCCUCACCAUGAAGGACAUAUUUGCCACCACGUACCCAGACCUUGCGUCAGAGCAAAGGUUCAAAGAGGGAGACAUCAUUGAAGAGGCGCAGGUGAUAAAGAUCCUGGGUCGGUCGAUAAUCUUUAAACUAGGGCGGGGCAGCACGGGCACACUGAGUCUUCGCCGUAUCCAGGUGGACGAGGACCUCACUGAUGAAGACGUGGUUGCCAAGUCCUAUCCUAUCGGCAGCACCCAUCGCGUCCGCGUGCUUUGCUACAAUCUAUCAGACUAUACAUAUUCCCUGAGCGACGAACCUGCGAUCCUCUCUGAGAAGUACUUCACCAUGGCGGACCUGGCCGUUGGGGAUAUCGUCCCCGCUACAGUUAAAGUUGUGACCGAAGAUCGCUUGCAUCUUGCUGUCGGGAGACUUACCGGUUUUGUUCCGCAUACACACUUGUCCGACUCCGGCGUGUAUAAAGACCCCAAAAAGGCUACCACGUCACAACUGACCAAGAAAAAAUACAAGGUGGGACAAGAGGUAAAGGCACGGGUGCUCACACUAGACCCGUCGAAGCCGUCGCUAGUUUUGACACUGAAACCAUCUCUGUUGGCCCCCGAACUCGAAGUCUUAAAAAGUUACGAACAGGCCGAGGUUGGGAAGGCGUAUACUGGCGUUAUACUGUACAUCCGGGACUACUUGCUGGUGUCGUUCUUCAACGGCCUGGUGGCGCACGUGCCAGGAAGAUUGGUUGCAAACCCACCACCGCCGACUCUCAAUACCGUUUUCCAUCUCGGACAAAUCGUAAACUGCACUAUACUUAAAGUGGACGCGAAAAAUAAAAGGAUGUCUGGAAGUCUCACAACUGCUCCGUUUGAUCCAUCUUUGCAGAAAAAGGAAAAAAAGACAUCCAAGAGGAGACAAGAGACAGAGGUACCUGUACCUAAAAAGAAACAAAAGGCUGUGAUAUCUGAGGCUGAGGCAGAAGAGAAAACUGCGGGAGAAAUAACCAAAAAAGAACGGAAAAAGAAAAAAGACAAAAAACCUGUAAAAGAAACGCAGGAAGUAGAAUUGGUAGAUGUAAAUAGUAACGAUGCAAGUGACGAAAGAGAACACUGUGACCAGGAAAAUAACGACGAUGAAGAAACUAAGAAACCUAAAAAGAAAAAAGAUAAAUCAAAGGCCAACAAAGUUACAGAAAAAAAUGAUGAGGAAUAUGAAUUAUUCAAAAUAGACGAGGAAACUGUUGACAAAGGUUUACCACAUCAAAGCUCUGAAAAGGAUGUUAAGAAAAGAAAACGUCAGAUAUCUGAACCUAUCGUUGAAGAUAGUGAGUCAAAUAAUCAACCGACAGCUAACCCUAAUAUUAAAAGAAAGAUUAACAAGGGCGAUGAUGUAGACAAUAACAUAGACACUUCAAAAGUAAAACAAAAAGAGAAAAAGAAGAAAAAGGAGGCAGAAGAGAUAUCAGAGAAAGAAAACAAGGAAAAUGAAGAAAGUGACCCGAUAGAAACGGAUAUAUAUGAAGAUAGUGAUCAAGUUCUGACGCCGCAAGACUUGGGCCUUAUAGACAUGUCCGACUGUUCAACCGCAAAGAGUUACAAGAAACGAAUAAAAUCUUUAUUAAAAGCUAUCAAAGCAAAGAUGAUGCGAAUUAAGAAAAUAGACAACAAAAUAACUGCUAUAGAAAACAAAGGGCUUAAUGCCAAUAACAAGAAGUUUCACACGGCUAUGCACAUGGAGAAACUUCUCAUACAACAACGCAUCCAAAAACUAAUGGAAGCAUUACAAACAGCACAAGACAGACUUAAAGAUUUUGAUUUAGAUGAGACCAAGGAUUAUAAAAAGAAAAAACUAAAGAAAACAGAUGAGGAACAAGUUGAAAAGAAAGAUGUUCAAAAUACAGAAACAGAAAAAGAGAAGACGAAAGUUACUGAGAAAAAUAAAAAAUCUAAAAUAGAGAGUUUAGAGUCUGUAAUAAGCAUACCAAGUGUAAAAGAAUUCUGGUCUGCGCCCGCGGAGUCACAGCCAAGUGCUCCGGAACAGGACUCGAGUAGCAGUGAUGACGAGGAGCAAGAGAAGCCGAAGAAGAAGCGCAAGAAGCUGACAGCGGCGGAGAAGGUGGCGAAGGCCAGAGAGGAGGAGGAGAGGGUCCGGCAGCUGGAGAGCUGCGCGGCGGACAGCGAGCGGGCGCCGCGCUCGGCCGAGCAGUUCGAGCGCGCGCUGCUGGCGCGCCCGGACGCCAGCCAGCUCUGGAUCGCUUACAUGGCCUUCCACCUGCAGGCAACCGAGAUCGAGAAGGCUCGCGCUGUGGGACGCAAAGCACUGAAGACCAUUUCAUUCCGCGAGGAGCAGGAGAAGCUGAAUGUUUGGCUCGCCAUGCUCAACAUCGAGCACCGGUUCGGUACUAAGGAGUCACAGCAGAAAACCCUAGAGGAGGCGCUCCAGAUGAACGACAAGUACCAGAUCCACUCGAAGCUGUUGGACAUCUACGUGGAGACUGGCAAGCCGCAGGAGUUAGUGGGGCUGGUGGAGCUCAUGCUGCGCAAGUACCGGAGAGAGCUUCGCUCUUAUAUAGCCUGCGGGGCCGCUUGUUACCGCCUAGCGCUGCUGGACAAGGCCAGGCACGUCAUGCAGAAGGGCAUCUCACUUCUGGAGAAGAAAGAACAUGUGGCGUUGCUGGUGCAGUUCGCUCAGUUGGAGCGGUCGCACGGCAGCAGCGAGCGCGCGGAGGCGCUGUUCGAGCAGGUGCUGGCCGUGUACCCGCAGAGGGUCGACGUCUGUGCCGUAUACGUUGACAUACUGGUCAAGAGCGGCGACGUGGAGAGAGUCAGGCAAGUUAUGGAGCGAAUGACGUCACAGAAACUGCCAGCGCGUAAAAUGAAAGUGCUUUAUAAGAAGUGGAUAGAGGUAGAAGAGAAAAUGGGAGAUCAAGAACACGUCGACAACAUUCGAAAACGCGCUAUGGAGUAUAUAGAUAAGGCCACUUUUUAA